UUAUGAUUGCAAUUGCUAUAAAUUUGAGAAGCUCGAAUUUGUUUUUUCUCAAAUGUCAUCGUCUCGAGAUACGUCAGAUGUUUUGAUACGUGCAUCCUAACCUAAACGUAUUGUCACACAUGCGAUACGCUUUGAUGGAUCGAGGACAGGUUGAUUUUCGUCGACAAAUGUUAUUUCAUCAACGAUACAUGUCAUCGGAAGAGGAGGACGAAUUGCAAGAUUUAGAGGCGAUACGAGAUAAAAUGCUCAGUACACGUAGCGAACGUAUGCUCGUAAGCGCCUGGGAAGAUGACGAUGAUGGUGUGGAAGCGGAGCGUAACGCAAGAGAGCCUGAUGCAAAAGCUAUAUUGAAUGCUGCCGAAGAGGGGAAUCUAGAAAAAAUUAAAAAAUUAGCACAUAAGAAUCGUCUCUUGCUGGAAUGUACCGAUAAGGAUGGCUAUACUCCGCUUCAUAGAGCAUGUUACGGCAAUAACAUAGAAGUAGUAGAGUAUCUGUUAGAAGCAGGAGCAAAAAUAGAUGCUAAGACUCAAGAUGAAUGGCAACCUUUGCACUCCGCAUGCUGUUGGAAUAACAUAGAAUGCGCUGAAGCAUUGAUCGCAAAUGGAGCAAAUAUAAAUGCUAAAAGUAAAGGAGAUCAAACACCUUUACAUUUGGUUUCCGCUAGUUCUCACAACUCUCGUGCUUUUCAACUGCUUCUAUUACAUCCUGAUAUAAAUCCUUACAUAGUAAAUUCAAGCGGAGAUACUGCAGAUCAGAUUGCAAGAAGGACAACAAAAUACUAUCCCAUGUUUGAAAUAAUUGAAUCUUGUUUGAAUGAGAUUUGAGGUUAAAAUGAUGUUAAGUUGACGAAUUUCGGAGUACCGUUGCUAAGACGCUUAGAUCCUUCCCAAAUUAAGACAGUGGAGUCUUCUGUAACUGCAUAUAAAUGGUGCUGAUCAAGGGACCAUACCACAGCGAUUAUUGCACAACUAUCUCUCAAGUUAUUCGAAAUUUCUCUGACUAACUGUAAAUCCCAACUGCUCCAUAAUCUACAUUCAAAAAUAUUUUUGUUUGAUAAUUGUUCACAGACAGAUUUAAUGAAAUAUAUGCAUACCUUAUUAUUC